AUGGCUUUCUACAACGAGCAACAGCAGCAGCAGCAGCUUCUCUUUGAGACGGGCUCCUUUACCGGCUUUCGCCCGUUACGAGAACUUGGUGCCAACUACUUCACCCUCAGCUCGUUCAAACAACCUCUGUGCGGAAAUCCGGAAGGAUGGGGUCCUCUAAGUCCCCAUCGCUAUGAUUUCACGCCCUGCUUCAUUGAUGUCUGGAUUGCUUCUGUAUCUGUUUUUGGUCUUUUGUUUGGUUCACUUGCUGUCUGGUGGCUGCUCACCAAGAAGCCAAAGCAGGAUGGACAGACCAAGAACGCCCACUUCUACGUCAAACAGUCCCUUCUCGUAGUCAUCAUCGUCGACGUCAUUGCUCAAUUCAUUGUACAGAUCAUAUACAUGCCUCAUGUUUGGUACGGCGACUUCCGAGUUUUGACGACCUUCCUGACUAUCCUCUCGCUACUCGUUAUAUUCUCUGUUCAAUGGGUUGAACACUCGCGCAUUCGAUAUCCCAGUGGCGUCGCUCUCUUCUACUGGCUGUUCCUCUUGAUAUCUUUCGGUGUGAAGCUGCGAUCUCUCAUUUCACAGCAAAUCUACGAGUCCAAUCUGCCAUACUUCAUCAUCUACUGUGUCGGAGUUGGACUAUCUCUUGUCGAAUUCCUUGUCGAGUGGCUGUGGCCUCGAAGCACUGGCCCUAGUGGUUACGAAGCCAUUGAAGAGGAGGAGGAAUGCCCUGUUGAAUAUGCCAAUGCCUUCUCUCAGCUCGCAUUCUCCUGGAUGACACCAAUGAUGCGAUAUGGUUACAAGGUGUACUUGACGGAAGAGGAUCUUUGGGCUCUUGCCAAGGACGACAAGACCAAAACCACUGGAGCCCGCUUCGACCAAGCAUGGGAGUACGAACUAGAACACCACAAGAAGCCUUCACUCUGGAGAGUUUUGUUCAAGGCCUACGGCGGCCCCUACUGCGUUGCUGCGAUUUUCAAGUUCUUCAACGAUAUUGCCCAAUACAUCCAGCCCCAGCUGCUCCGUCUGCUCAUCUCGUUUGUGGAUUCUUAUGGUGAGGGCAAGACACCUCAGCCUAUCAUCAAGGGUGCUGCUAUUGCUUUGGCAAUGUUCGCCUGUGCAGUUUUGCAAACAACUAUGGUGCAUCAGUACUUCCAGCUUGCUUUUGUGACCGGCAUGCGUAUCAAGGGUGGUCUCUCCUCAGCCAUCUACCGCAAAUCUCUCCGACUGUCAAGCGAGGGCAGGGCCACAAAGUCCACUGGCGACAUUGUCAAUUACAUGGCUGUUGAUGGCCAACGUUUGCAGGAUCUCACCCAAUUUGCCCAGCAACUCUGGUCUGCGCCGUUCCAGAUCAUCAUCUGCAUGGUUUCUUUGUACAACCUGGUUGGUUGGUCUAUGAUGGCGGGUAUUGUUGUCAUGAUCGUAAUGAUGCCGAUUCAAGGCUUCGUAGCCCGCAUAAUGAAGAAUAUGCAAAAGGAGCAGAUGAAGAACAAAGAUGCCAGAAGCCGUCUGAUCAACGAGAUUAUCAACAACAUGAAGAGCAUCAAGCUGUAUGCUUGGGGCUCUGCUUUUAUGAACAAGCUCAACUUCGUCCGAAACGAGAAGGAACUCAAGAAUUUGCGAAAGAUAGGCGCAACGCAAGCUUUUGCCAACUUCACUUGGACUACUGCGCCUUUCUUCGUGUCUUGCUCAACCUUUACCGUCUUCGUUCUGACUCAAGACAAACCUCUUACCACCGACAUUGUCUUCCCUGCGCUGGCCCUGUUCAACCUUCUGACCUUCCCACUUGCUAUACUACCCAUGGUCAUCACGUCUAUUGUCGAAGCCUCUGUUGCGGUUGGUCGACUGACCAGCUUCCUCACUGCCGAGGAGCUCCAGGCUAAUGCCAUCACAAUCAAGCCUGCCCCUGAACAACUUGGCGAGGAGAGCGUUAUCAUCCGCGAUGGCACGUUUUCAUGGAACCGUCAUGAGAACAAGCCUACACUCACUGAUAUUGAAUACACUGCUUACAAGGGCGAACUUUCUUGCGUUGUCGGUAGAGUUGGGUCUGGCAAAUCGUCAUUCCUGCAGAGUAUUCUUGGUGAUCUGUGGAAGGUAAAAGGGAACGUCGAGGUACGAGGAACUGUCGCAUACGCCUCUCAACAAACAUGGAUCCUUAACGCUACCGUUAAAGAGAACAUCAUUUUUGGUUACAAAUAUGAUGCCGAGUUCUAUGAGAAGACGAUCCAUGCAUGCGCCCUGAUCGAUGACUUUGCACAGCUUCCAGAUGGAGAUGAGACUGUUGUCGGUGAAAGGGGUAUCUCGCUCAGUGGUGGCCAGAAGGCUCGUGUGUCAUUGGCUCGUGCCGUUUAUGCUCGUGCCGAUAUUUAUCUUCUUGACGACGUCCUCUCUGCUGUUGAUUCUCAUGUUGGCCGUCAUAUCAUUGACAAUGUAUUGGGAACUCGUGGCCUGCUUGCCUCCAAAACUCGUAUUUUGGCCACUAAUGCUAUUGCCGUCCUUCGCCAGGCUAGUUAUGUGAGCCUACUCAAGGAUGGGCAGAUUAUCGAGCGAGGAACAUACAAAGAAUUGGUUGUUCAGAAGGGUCUUGUCGCUGAGCUCUUGAAAACUGCCGGACAUGAAUCUGGCAAUGCUAGCAGUGAGCCCAGCUCUAGUGCCUCAAGCAGCAAGGCCGCGACAAUUAUCGAGCCCGACGCUGGUCACGCCAAGGAGGAGCUGGAAGAGGCCCAGGAGCAAGUCCCCGAGAUGGCUCCUAUCAAGACUGGGGCUAGUGCUAAACCUCGCUCAAGCAGCAUGGCAACUCUCCGUCGUGCCAGUACUGCUAGCUUUAGGGGACCUCGAGGUAAACUCACAGACGAGGAAGUCGGAGGGUCUUCUAAGACUAAGCAGGGCAAGGAGCACUUGGAGCAAGGCAAGGUCAAAUGGUCUGUUUACGGCGAAUAUGCCAAGAUGAACAACAUCUAUGCUGUUGCCCUUUACAUGUUUAUGCUACUUGCUUCGCAGACUGCAAACAUUGGUGGUUCCGUCUGGCUCAAGGAGUGGUCUGAGCGAAACCAAGAGUCCAACUCGAACGAUCACGUCGGCAAGUACAUUGGAAUAUAUUUCGCAUUUGGCAUCGGAGCAUCUGCUCUCACUGUCAUCCAGACUUUGAUCCUCUGGAUUUUCUGUUCUAUCGAGGCGUCUCGAAAGCUUCAUGAGCGCAUGGCGAACGCCAUCUUCCGCUCUCCCAUGUCCUUUUUCGACACUACACCAGCUGGACGCAUUCUGAACCGAUUUUCUAGUGACAUCUACCGCGUUGAUGAGGUCCUGGCUAGGACCUUCAACAUGCUCUUUGUCAAUGCUGCUCGAUCUGGUUUCACUUUGAUCGUCAUCUCUGUCGCAACGCCAGCCUUUAUCGCGUUGAUCAUCCCUCUGGCCCUGACUUAUUACUUCAUUCAGAGAUAUUACCUUAGGACAUCUCGUGAGCUUAAGCGACUCGAUAGUGUAAGCCGCAGUCCGAUCUAUGCACACUUCCAGGAGUCGCUUGGUGGCAUUUCAACCAUUCGGGCAUACCGACAGCAGCAGCGAUUCGAACUAGAGAACGAAUGGCGUGUUGAUGCCAACCUCCGUGCUUACUUCCCUUCUAUCAGUGCCAAUCGCUGGCUCGCCGUUCGCCUCGAGUUCAUUGGUGCUAUCGUCAUUCUGGCUGCUGCUGGCUUCUCGAUCAUCUCCGUCACUGGCAGUGCCCACCUUAGUCCUGGUAUUGUUGGUCUUGCCAUGUCAUAUGCCCUGCAGAUUACAUCCUCCCUCAACUGGAUCGUUCGUCAAACUGUAGAGGUUGAGACCAACAUUGUAUCGGUGGAGCGUGUCUUGGAAUAUGCGGCUCUCCCCAGUGAGGCUCCCGAGAUCAUUGCCAAAAACCGACCUCCUGUCUCGUGGCCUGCCAAAGGAGAAGUUGAUUUUGUCAACUAUAGCACCCGCUACCGGGAAGGUCUGGACUUGGUGCUCAAAAACAUCAGCCUUGACAUCAAGUCGCAUGAGAAGAUCGGCGUUGUCGGCCGCACUGGAGCGGGCAAGUCAUCUCUGACUCUUGCAUUAUUCCGUCUUAUCGAACCAGCAACGGGCCACAUCGGCAUUGACAAUGUCGAUACAUCGUCCAUUGGCUUGCUGGACCUGCGCCGGAGACUAGCCAUUAUCCCACAGGAUGCAGCGCUUUUUGAAGGUAGUGUUCGGGAUAAUCUGGAUCCUGGUCACGUUCAUGAUGACACUGAGCUUUGGAGUGUACUUGAACACGCACGACUCAAGGACCACGUUUCGAGCAUGGAUGGUGGGCUGGAAGCCAAGAUUAACGAAGGAGGCUCCAACCUCUCUCAAGGCCAAAGGCAACUCGUCUCACUUGCUCGUGCAAUGCUUACUCCGUCCAAUAUCCUUGUCCUAGACGAGGCUACUGCUGCCGUCGAUGUUGAGACGGACGCAAUGCUUCAGAGCACCCUCCGAUCACCCCUGUUCGCAAACCGUACCAUCAUUACUGUAGCACAUCGCCUCAAUACCAUCCUCGACAGCGACCGUGUGGUGGUACUUGAUAAGGGAGAGGUGGUUGAAUUUGACAGUCCGGCUGAGCUUGUGAAAAAGCAAGGUGUUUUCUACGGACUUAUGAAACAGGCUGGUCUGGAACUAGAAUAG